UUUGAAGUCUGUGUGUAGAACAGUGCUAGUCAGCGGCUAUUUGAAGAACAGUAACCACUGUCUACAUGUUAUUUUUGCGGUAAACAACGGAUUUCUAUGCUUUUAUUUUUUGCCUGUACCUACGUACCCAUCAUUGUAUCAGUCUGUAAAGUUGUCUUCUUUCUAUCAAGUUGACCGGUACAACACAGCGUGAACAAUCACUCAAGGAGCUGAAGGAUCAUUGUUGUCUGAAAAGAGUGAAAGACUUUUGUUAUUGAAGCAUCACUUCAUGACAUCUGGAAACAUGGGCCAGAGGAGAUCUAGGGGAGAGGUGGUUGCUUUGUGCUUGUGCUUCCUGUUUGCAACAAUUGCUUCUGUUGGAGCAGGCGAUGGUGAUGCUACAUCAAAACCUGCAACCACAACAGUAGCACCUGAGCAGAUGAGAACUACAGUGUCAGGAGCUGGACCAUCAUUAGUAGCAACACCGCUAGCUACAACAGCACCUAAAACAGGACCUACAGCAACACCUACAACAGGACCUACAGCAACACCUACAACAGGACCUACAGCAACACCUACAACAGGACCUACAGCAACACCUACAACAGGACCUACAGCAGCACCUACAACAGGACCUACAGCAGCACCUAAAACAGGACCUACAGCAACACCUACAACAGGACCUACAGCAACACCUACAACAGGACCUACAGCAGCAUCUACAGCAGGACCUACAGCAACACCUACAACAGGACCUACAGCAACACCUACAACAGGACCUACAGCAACACCUACAACAGGACCUACAGCAGCACCUAAAACAGGACCUACAGCAGCACCUACAACAGGACCUACAGCAACACCUACAACAGGACCUACAGCAACACCUACAACAGGACCUACAGCAACACCUACAACAGGACCUACAGCAGCAUCUACAGCAGGACCUACAGCAACACCUACAACAGGACCUACAGCAACACCUACAACAGGACCUACAGCAACACCUACAACAGGACCUACAGCAACACCUACAACAGGACCUACAGCAACACCUACAACAGGACCUACAGCAGCAUCUACAGCAGGACCUACAGCAACACCUACAACAGGACCUACAGCAACACCUACAACAGGACCUACAGCAACACCUACAACAGGACCUACAGCAACACCUACAACAGGACCUACAGCAACACCUACAACAGGACCUACAGCAGCAUCUACAGCAGGACCUACAGCAGCACCCACAGCGGGACCUACAACGGGACCUACAACAAGAGCACCAGAGGGUCCAGGUACAACAAAGGAGCCUUCUACGGCAACCCCAGGAAAGCAAACGACAAAAGAUACUGAUAAGGAACUAGACAAGAAAGCUGUUGGCGGUUCCACAGGAGUCAUUGCAGCAGUUAUUGUGUCUGUUGUUGUUGUUCUUGGUCUCAUCGGAGCUUCCUUUGUUUACAGACAACGAAAGUUGAGAAAUAACUACGGCCGUUUGAAUGAGGAUACAGAAGAGAGUGGAUGGUCAGCCUUCUCCAAGAAUCCAAUUUACAGAGGAGACAGGGACUACUCACCACUGUGAAAGACUCACAUGAACUAUUGAGGUAGACAAGAAGCUUUUAGAGUUGUCACAACUGGAUACCAUCAGAAGUGUCAAAACAUCGGGACAGAAAAUCAUCAAGCAAAUCUCGGCAUCACAUAUCUCUUGGGUAAAGAAAGUAUUUUGUGACCUGGAAGUUGGUUUGUCCUGUCUUUAAAAAGAAUGCAAUACAGUGCCUUGAGGGUAGACAGUGAGUGGCCAAAUUAGAAAUUUUACGAUUAACUAAAAAUUACCUUAUUUAUCCCCAUUUUGUUAAUUUUGUUUCUGCCUAUCAAUUUUGCAGUUCAAUGAGCACUCUGUUUUACUCCAAUUUUGUUUCCUAAUUCUAUUUGGGAUGCACACUUAACGCUUUUUUCACGGCAGGUUUUAGCCCACUUCUCUCAGGGGGUGUCACAACUAUUGCCAAUUGUCAUUGCUAUUAUACAAAGACAAUUUUGACGUAGACCAUUUUUCAGUGUUUGUUCUUGCACAUCAUCAAAAUCAGUGUUCAAUCCCUGUGAUCAGCUGGCCAAAUGCCACUUAAAAUACCUGAAGACCAAUCAUAGUUCUGUACCACUGGAGCUACUGGCUAGAGUCCCAUCUCUACAUGUAAACCACCUAAUAUCAGGUAAAAUUACAAAUCACAUGCUAAUGACAAUUCAAAAGAAAACGUUAUAAUAUGGACCAGGGUAAAGCUGGUGAACGAGUGAAGUGACAAGCUGACAUGUCUUGCUGGCGUGUCACUGAACAAGUUAAGGGAAAGUGCUGAAAAUUGUUUGUCUUUUCUGGGGGGGGGGGGGGGUAUGACUUUGGCUUGAAGUUUCUUUUAUUUGUAUGAUGGUUGGGGUAAAACUCCGUAAGAGUAUUUCGACAACUCCAGACUUGUAGAAUAUAAUAUUGCAUUUUGUUUUUCUUUUAUCGACUGUAUUGACAAAUACAGAAACCAAUCUUUGUAAA